UCGCCUUUGUGCAGCGGGGCGCGCUGUGUAUUUACCGUCCUCGCCUGCCACUUCCUUGUUCCCCCAGGGAGCCAGGUGCCGUAAGCCAGCCCGCGGGCACCGCACCUGGCCCCGCGGAUGUCAGAGGAAGAGGAGGAGAUGCCGCCGCUGGCCGCCCAUUCCCCGUGCCCACAGCCCCCAUAGGCCAGCCUGAGCUGCCACCCCGCCGCGCCGCUUGGCCCCUGGCUUCCCUGGCUCUGAUGGUGCGUGAUGCCCUCGGUGCCAGCCAGAUGCCAGGCGCCUGCGUGACUCCCCAAGGGAACUGCACCUGUUUCCCGUUCUUCUCCGACUUCAAGGGCCGCAGCAGGGUGGCCCUGAGCGCCCUGGAGACCGCCGUCCUCUCCUGCAUCUUCCUGGGGUCCCUGCUGGUCAACGGCUGCGCCAUCUCGGCGCUGGCCAGGAAGAAGAAGCUGCGCACCGCCAGCUGCCUGGUGCUCAACCUCUUCUGCGCCGACCUGCUCUUCAUCAGCGCCAUCCCCGUCAUCCUCGUGGUGCGCUGGACCGAGGCCUGGCUGCUGGGGGACGCCGUCUGCCACGUGCUCUUAUACGUGAUAAGCCUCAGCGGCAGCGUCACCAUCCUGUCCCUGGCGGCGGUCAGCGUGGAGCGCACGGUCUGCAUCGUCCGGCUGCGGCACACGGCCCGCUGCAGCGGCAAGCUGCUGGCCGGGACCCUGCUGCUCAUCUGGGGGCUCGCCGCCCUCGCCACCCUCCCGCUCUGCCUCUUCUUCCAAGUGGAGCCCCUGCCCAGGCGCGGCGAGGAAGUUCAAAUUUGCACCUUGGUUUGGCCCAGUGUUGCAGGAGAAAUCUCUUGGGACGUAACAUUCACCUUUGUGAUCUUUGUAAUACCAGGAUUAGUCAUUGUGAUCAGUUAUUCAAAGAUUUUACAGAUUACAAAAGCAUCAAGAAAAAGAUUAAAUGUCAGUUUAGCCUCCUCAGAAAUGCGUCAGAUUCGAGUCUCCCAACGAGAUUACAAACUAUUUCGAACUUUGUUUGUGCUGAUGAUCUCUUUCUUCAUCAUGUGGAGUCCAAUUAUCAUCACUAUUCUCUUAAUUUUAGUUCAGAACUUCAAACAUGAUUUGAAUAUUUUGCCAUCAUUUUUCUUCUGGAUAAUGGCAUUCACUUUUGCCAACUCUGCCAUCAAUCCAGUUUUGUAUAAUGUUACCCAUUUCAGACAUGAAUGGUGGCAAUUUCUUUUGUGUUGUGCAGCUCUUCCUGGAAAGAGAAUGACUAAUACAGAAACCACAGGAAGAAGAAAUGACCACAUAGAACCUAACUUAUCUGUAAUUUCCAAAUAAGUAAUGUAUGAACUAUGUCUCAGCUGUUGCUUUGGCUGCUAAGCCAUAUACUUUCCCACACUGACCAGCUCACCAUUUUAUAGUACUGUAUUAUAUGCUAAAGAAAACAGAUAGGAAAAUAAAUACAACUAUAGUUCAACUUCUACAAUCCUAACCUAGGAAAAUGUUAUUGUCUUGGGAGUUUUGCCUGAGUAAGAUUGCAGAAUUUAUCCUAUCGGACUAAUUCUCUUCUCACAAUGAUGUAAUCCGGAGUCAGAGUAGCAGCUGUGUUAGUCUGUAUUCGCAAAAAGAAAAGGAGUACUUGUGGCACCUUAGAGACUAACAAAUGUAUUUGAGCAUAAGCUUUCGUGAGCUACAGCUCACUUCAUCGGAUGCAUGGAAAUGAGCAUAAGCUCACGAAAGCUUAUGCUCAAAUAAAUUUGUUAGUCUCUAAGGUGCCACAAGUACUCCUUUUCUUUUUGUAAUCAGGCGUAAUGUCACUGACAUUGGUGGAGGCACAGAAAUAUAAAAUAGUGUAACUUCAGAGAAGAAUUGGGCUUUAUGGGGGCAGAUUUUCAGAUGGUGUAAAUUGUCCACUCACUAAAGUGGAGCCAUGACAACUUACAGCAGCUGAGGAUAUGCUCCAGAUUUACUAUCCAUUUGCCAGUAAGAAUAGAAACCGACUUUUAAAAAUGGGUGAAAGGGCACCCUCAAAAAUUUCCAUGUAGUCAUUAAGUCCAUAAAAUAAAAAAAAGGCAUUUGCAUACAUAAAUCAGGUGACUGGCUGCCUGAACAUACUUUUGUGCAACCUACCUUUAUGCAUAAAAUGCCAAUCUGAGUAGGCACAUAUGGUUUUUGCUGGUUCAAUGAGCGCAUGAUUAUUUUUGCUGGUAUGUCCUACAUUUGAAAAUUUGGUCCUUAGAACUAGUUAAUCUCUGGCGCCAUUUUGCUGGAUUCAACAAUGUUACAGUAGAUAGAAAUGUUUAUUUUUCUUAAGGAUGUAAAAAAAAGGUAAUUACAAAUGAUGCAUUUUUACACAUGUUCAGUCAAGUAUGAAUGUAAUAAAAUAAAGCUAUUCUGCAAUGUGA